AUGCUUUUUCAGACUCUCGCUCCCAUUGCCCUCCUCGCCAGCCUCACCAGCGCCCUUCCCACCGAACCCCCGGAGACUGAUUCCCACUCCAAAUAUGCCGAGAUUUGCUCCGGAACUGCCUUUGCCGGCAAGGUCAGGGACUGGCCCCGCGACCAGCAAUGCCACUCGAUCGCCUCCAUAGCUCCCGACUUCGAACAGGUUGGCUCCAUCAAGGUCAAUACCGGCAUCAUGUGCAUCCUCUACGAAAAAGACGGCUGCGAGGGCAACUUCAUUCGUGUUGUCGCGCCUGGUGCCCCGUUCCUGUCCUUGAUUGAGAAAUGGGCGGUGCGAACACAGUCCAUUAUAUGCGCAAGAUGGUGA